AUGCAGUCUCGCUAUCCCAGAUUUUCUUUUGUUGGGCUUGUUGUCCAACCUGUUUACAUUGCCAAUAAACUUCACCAUUUAACUGGUGGGCCUCUUGCCAAAGUCGAAGACUUUAUGUCUUUUUUCCUUUGUGGUGUUUCCCUCACAACAAUAACAGCCAUAAGCGUUGAUAGACUUUUAGCUCUUCACUAUCACACGACGUAUCCGAAUUUAAUGACAACAAAACGUGUAUUAUAUGCCUCAGCAAGUCUCUGGUUUGUUUCUAUACUUUUACUAUGCCUUAAAGUUUGGAAAUCAGAAGUUUUUUUUCUUAUUGCAGGAGUGUAUAUUACAAUUUGUUUAGUCAUUUCGUCCGCUUCUUACAUCAAAAUUUAUUUUAUUGUUCGUCACCAUCAGAUCCAGAUUCACGCUCAGCAACAAGCUGUGAACAGUUUUAAUAUUAGUGUAAAUAUUCCAGAUAGUAAUAACAUGAUAAUAUCAAAGAAACGUGCUUCAAAGACUUUUACAUAUUACAUCUGCAUGAUAUGUUGUUGCUUACCUUAUCUAUCUUAUUCAUUGCUGCGAACCACCUUUAAGUUAGUUAUAGGCUAUGACUGGAAUUGGUCCUUUGUAGACACUGUUGUGUUCCUGAACUCGUCAGUAAAUCCAUUUUUGUACUGUUGGUGUAAUCGUGAAAUCCGAACAUCAGCUGUAAAGGUAGUCCGAAAAAUGAUGUGUAAACAAACGGAGGUAGCUAGCGAGCUUGAAGGUUAAACUAGUGGUAUUUGUAACGAGACCUUCGCCAUGCAAACAUCCUUGAACUUUGCCUAAACUUCGUUUCCGUGAAGAUUUGAGUGCUAAGCGAGAUACCGCACUUCACAUAAUUCGUCAAACCCAAAUUUCGCAGCGACAGUAUACAUUGCCGCUAAUGAUUUUUCGAAAGUUCUCUAUCUGUUGAAAUUUAGAAAAUAGUUUAAGUAUGCCUUGGCAAUGACGGCCGACAGCGUGGUGAUCGUUUUUUCGCUAUUCAUUACGACCCACUUGGAUAACCGUCGAUCUAUGAACCGCAAAAUGAACCCUGCAUUCACUUAUAUUUCACCAAGUCCAAGUCUUAGUUUGUUAUUUUAUCAAGCUGAGCGUUAAUCGAUUCCAUUGACACUGUUUAAAAGUUCCUCUUUCGCUAACGCAAAGAAAAAUAAUGAACAGUUAUUCCCCCAUUUUUUAUUAGUUUUUUUUUAAAUUAAGAAUUACUCUUACCCGAAAAUAUCAAGAACAUGCAAUUCCAACGUGUAUACUUUAAAAAGUAUUCGUUUACAUUUGUUUUCAAAGAUUCUCAGCAUUAAUUAGUUUUUCCUUUUUAAAAAUGCGUAAUAUGUAACUGUUAUAUACAAGCGUAAUAAUUAAACUUUAAUCAUACUGGCGCAUUACCCCUACCUACCGUUCAUCAGAACUCAAACAACUGCUCGAUUUUCUACUUAGUGAAAGGCACAAAUUAUUACCAUAAAAAUUACCUGGUCUGUGUGUAUAUUAGUGCUAUUAUCAAAAAACAACGUUAGCUAAACCAAUGAAGAUCCGUCACCUGCCAAAUUAGCUAAGAAUGAGAUCAAAGGCAAAUGUUGAAUAACCGUAAAUUGGUUCUGGUAAAGAUGGUCAGUCUUCCAAUAACUUCCGCUGAAACUAGCGGCACUUUUUAAUUCUCUAACACCAUUUAUUUUAACAUAUGAGUGUUUCAGGUUCCUUUUUUCAACUGCCAGACAGUAAAAAAAAAAAAAAAAAAAACUAUCACUGUCUCAUUUUUGUUACAUCUCCCUCAUCCGAAGUUUUUAAGUUCGAUAAGGUAGAGGAGCGGAAUUCAAACUUUAAUUGUUGAACUGUGUUUAAAAAAUUAUAAAACAAAUACAAUUUCAGCCCUCCUUAUAGUUACACAAUAUCACUGAUCCUUUUCCACAAGAACAUAGACCGUCUUUCCAUCAUCAUAGUGCGGGGUAAUCGUAAAGAGUCCGAAUUUUAACAACAAAGUUUAUCUAUUUAUCAUUUGAGGAAGGGAGACCGACCGCAAAAUCUUUGUCUUGACAGACCUGAACCCGCCACGUGUCUGAUCUAAAUAAUUAUAACUUGCAUUCAUAUUCAGAUACAAGUACGUUUCCCAGUAUCCGGUCACUUCAGUUUAACAUUGCAGUAACUUUCCUGUCUUGAUCGCAAGAGUUCUGAAAUUUGGCACAGAGACAAUCUAUUUAGUCCUUAACAUGAUGAAAGAGAGUUUAAUUUUUAUACCUUCGUUUCUAUCGCCAAAUUAAUAUUUUUCCAGACCUCCUAUGUUGCCCAUUAUCCGGCCACAACAAUAACAACGUAAUUAUACAUAAAUUUCGACAGGCAAGCGACUUUUAAUUUUCAGUUGCACUUGCAAAGUAGUCUGCCAUUCGAUUCCAAAAAUAUAAAUCGACCUGGGAACCAAGGAUCGAGAAACAAAACAUAACAAAUGACUGGGGUAUGUUGGGGAAAACUACGCGAGGGGCUAAUUUGCGAACCGGUUUUUUUUUUUUUUUUUUUUUUUUUUUUUUUGUUAAAAAAAAAAAAAAAAUGGAGAAGGGCCCUUCCGACGGUCAAAGGUCACUCCCCCAUUUAGUCUGAUGUGCAGUAAAAACCCGUCAAAACUUGCAUUUUAAAGCUGAAAUCUUCAGCUUCCGUUCGAAAUACUUUGUUUACCGAAAACUAAAAAGGGCGCUGCAAAAAUUGAGUUUUUGUUUCAAUCGGCCGGAUACUGGUAUACUCCCUCGAAGAAGAAAAAGGUAUGAACACCCAAUAAGUCGUGCUCGUUGGUAAAUUUGUAGCGCUUGCAGUGGCUGAUUUCGCCGUCUAGUUUCCGUCUGUAAGUAAUUAAGACGUAUCCGCAAAAAUAUCUUUUUUUGCAGUAAUGCUAAGUAUUAUCAGAGUGAGUUCUAUUUAGGUCUAAAUGAGAUCAGAAACGUUUCUUUUGAAACGAUUAAACCAGUUUCACCUGCAAUUCAGUCAGAAACAAGUCGAAAGGUUAAGGCACUCAUGAUUUCGAUUCCCUAUUCUGCGUAACUGGCGAGGUUAGCGGGCGAGUGCUGCUGUGUUAGAGUUAGGGUUAGGAGACGCGUGAAAGAUGCGCUUUAUCAUUCAAGCUUGUCAUGCAGACCCUUCCAGUUGUCAGUGUAAGGCAAACAUUUUUAAGAAACAAAUUCUAAGCACUUAUAACAUAACCUUCUUUUUUAACCAUUCAACGUUCCUUUUCUUCUUUCCAUCAAAGUAAUAAGUGCUAUAGUAAAUUCUUGCGUUUUGGUAGACUCCAAAAUUCUCUUGACGUGCAGUAUUUUACUGGUUUACCGCGCGUGGCUUCAACAUUUGUUUUCGCCAUUUUUUUCUCGCAAACUCGCGCGUGGGAGCCGUAAUUGAUAUACACCAAUCAGAUGUGAUAGUAAUCGUGCCGACUGUUCCAGAACUUUCGAAAGAGAAAUGAAUGCAUUGCUUAAAGUAGUAACUAACUUUAGCAGCGUUAAGAUGUCGGUACUAAAGUUAUCUAUCUAAAGCCACAAUCAGUUUCAAAAUGGACGUCAUUUGAAAAAAUUUUUUAAUUGCGAUACAAAAGUGUUAGAGAUAGAGCAAACGCAAUUGGACAACAUAAAAAAUCUUGCUCAAGCGAACUGUUGUCAUGGUAGUAUCUUUAAAACUGUUUUUGGUUCUCCUGGCGGUUAUUUGAGUAUCGUACAUUUUUUUCCGCUCAUGAAGUAAACGGACGAGAUAACAGAUCUUUCCAUUGUGUUCAUUGCUAAUGUUCAACGCGUCGCACUUAAUACGUGAGCAGCAAGGCAGGUGAUUUGUGGCAAAUAAGAAACUAAGACAAUUUUAAAAUGUCAAUAUACUCAAAGAUCCAAGAUUAGUCACAGUAUAAGCUGGCUGAGGCCUGUUAUUCAGUGUCCGAUUAUAAGUUAUCAAAAAAGUCGCCAUUGUGAAGAACGAACUUUAAAACACAUUCAUUUGAUAUAUCAUUUCCUCUCAUCAGAGAAUGUCGACUAAAUAAAUAAACUAAACAAUAAAAACCAGAAAGUAAUAAGGAGUAGUCGGCUUAAAUUAAAGCUGAUAUAAUAGUUUUGCCCUAAUGGAGCCAUUUUGAUCUUAUGAACAGCAUUUCGUCUGCAGGAAGUCAAAGUUUACCAACAUCCUCUCAAGAUGUGGAAUUGUUUGCUUAUUUUGAAGGGGUUUUAAUUGCAAACGCACGUAGACUUUUCUCAGUCUGCACAUAAUUUGUAUACGCCUUGUAACAGUUCUUCCUUUUGAAAUGUUUAACCAAAGUUUCUUUAAUCCGCACGAUAAAACUUCUACACUUUUUUCAUCGCAUUAUAGAGACAAAUCUUCAAUUUGAGAUCACGUCAUCCAAGACCCCUGAUAAUCAUGGAGUUAUAUAAUCCAGAAAAAAGCGUUUUGUUUUUGUUGGCAAAUGGAAUUCUGAUUACAAUUUUGUGACGAUUUGACGAUUGCCCUAUUUAAGUUUGGAUGGACGGAGGUGUAAAAUAUCUGUUCGGAGAAGCAAAUAUUGCCUAGAAUGUUCUAUCACCUGAGGACGCCGACAAAUUUCUAGAUGACCCUACCAUUCAUGUACAAUUUUCGAAGCCUAUCUAAUGAAUUGCCUACGAUUAUCUCAAGUUUAAUUUUCGCAGUUUAUUUCCCAGGAUAGGCCAAUUUAAGGAAACCUAAAAUUUUCGUCUUCAAAAAUGUGAUGCAGAGAGGAAUCAGGAAAAUUCUUACUUUCGUAAUACGUUCAAUUGCAUCAAAAAUAUUCAGGAAAAUUAUUGCUAAGGCCCUUGUAAUUUCGAACACAUACACAUUUUCUAGCGCCUAUUAGAAUGCAUUUCUAGAUAUCUAAGCGUGCUCUGAAUAGUCAAUGUAUUUAGGUGGAAACCUUCGUUGGAUGUUCCUUCUGUAUCAAUGCCGCCAUACAAGCUAAAAGAGGCCAAAUGCCGCACCUCCGAAUUCAACUAGUUGAGUUCGGCUCAUUUAAUAAUAAUAAAUAAUAAUAAAAUAUUUAUAUAGCGCUUAUACUUUUCAGUUCUAAGCGCUUAAAGUACGGUGCCACAAAUUUGACUUCAUAUUUAGGCGUAUCUCUAAUGCACCAUUUUUCUUUGUUUGACUAUUAGAGUCGAAAAUAUCGUUAGUAAGCGCCAUCUUAUACUGAAAUAACCUGAACUGGUAUGAAUCCGAACACUUAAUCACUAAAUCACAGGUUGCUAAGAAGUAUUUCAGACAAACUCUGGGAGAGAAAAACUUGAUCACAAAAUUUUUGUUACGUUGUCAUGUUAAUGUCUUUGUAACCUUUUUGUUUUGUUUCAGCCGUCUUAGCAUAGAACAAUGCCCAACUUCUAUUCCCUCGCCCGCAGUUUUGACUUAGUUUUCCUGUUUUGUCUCUAAUAAUAACUUUCUGUUGUGUUUAUGCAAACUAGCGUAGCUUUGUGACCCAAUGAAAACGACAUAAUUGGCUUCCGGAUCUCGUUCGUCAGUGAUUAAUGUAGUUAACUAUCCCCGUGGCAUCCGGCGGAUGAUACCCAUCAAAUGCAAAACUAUAAUUUGCGCAUCUACCUUACUAUCGUCAUUAUGCAGAGAAAUGUCACGUUUUAUUAAUUUGCCCACUGCUUUACAGGCGCAGUUAUAAUAAAGACAUGCGUAGCACAUACAUAUGUUGCUUGGGUACCAUUCAGACAGCAAGGAAAGCCAGUAACGCUUACUGUUAUGAGUUACCAAUUGGACUUAACUGAACUAAAAAUGAUAAACUUUUCUCUCUGGAAAAACGAAUCAGAACUCGAUGACAUGGGAAAUAUGGACUCUCCCAAAACAAUUGAAAUAAUCAACUGUAUCCUCAAUGCUCCACUGAUUUUCAUGUCCAUCAUUGGCAACGCUUUGGUGUUGACUGCCAUAUUGAGAACCUUUUCGCUCCGUUCAGCACCGUCCAUACUCUUCUUGUGUAGUCUCGCAGUGUCAGACCUUCUUGUCGGACUUGUAGCUCAACCGGUGUACAUUUCCAAUGCGCUUAUCAACUCAGAUAGCAGCCCAGCUUUAAAACAAGCAACAGAGGUCAUGUUUUUUCUAGCCUGUGGUGUUUCUCUCUUCACCAUGACCGCCAUCAGCGUGGAUCGGUUUUUAGCUCUUCGUUACCAUAUGCGUUAUUCGGGUCUGGUGACAGUGAAACGUGCAUUAUUUACUAUAGCAGGCAUCUGGUUGGUGCUUGUUGUUUUGUCAUGUCUGAGGAUAGUUUGGAAAAGAAGUCUUCUUUUCCUAGCCAUAGUUGUCGGCGGCAUUGCUAUUUGUUUCUUUAUUUCAACCUUUUCGUACAUCAGAAUUUACCAAAUUGCACAGCAUCACAAGUUGGCUAUUCGAUCACAACAACAGGCCAUACAGAGGCUGAGUAAUGAUGCAACGAAUGUUAAACAGUCUACAAAGAGUGCCAUCAAUACCCUCAUUUAUUUCAUCUGUAUGAUCUUUUGUUAUUUGCCAAUAUUGGUGGUUACUAUCAUUUUGGCUUUUGGACAGCCUCUGGAUAGCGGAUUGGACAUUGCAGACACAAUAGCGUUUUUGAACUCGUCCAUAAAUCCAUUUUUGUACUGCUGGCGUACUCAAGAAAUUCGUGCGGCAGUUUUGAAGACAAUCCGUCAAUUCUUUCGUAAACGCGCAAGACAAACUUAGUCUUUCCCCACUAGCGGAGAAAAAUUUAAACUUUGGUUUUGUUAAAUACUGUAAAAAUGGGGUAAUGCAGACGAAGUGCUAAAUGCUAGGUUUAUAUCGAAUGGUCACAUCGUAGAUUUUCUUCUAUCAACUAAAAAUUUUGAACUAAUUUCCUAUUUUCAUAAUUGUCACAUAAUUGACUCUGGGGGUAAAGGUGCUUGCCAAUAUAAUUGAUUGUCCAGGUAUGUUUACUAACUUUCCCUAAUAAAGACUCAGUCACGUCUCUCAUAUGUAUUGUAUUGAAGUUCUAAGUAGACAAUUAACUUUCAGGAAAUUUUUUUAAAUCCAAAGAUGAAUUUGCAAAAAAUGGAAUCUCGAAAUUGAUUAGGAAUUGAAGUUCUUAAUACAUCACUUCACUUUGCAGUUGUCUUCAGUGGCCGCAGAUGAAGAUAUACGCGGAAUAAAAAGGGUAUUAGCUUUUAGGACUGAGAGUAAAUAUAUUAAUAUAGAAACCAAGUUUAUAAAUGUUCUACUGUGAAAGGUUUGAUCAUAAGUAGGUUGAGUAUGAUCGUCCGGGUGAAAGUAGUCCCGGAUAGGACUGUUGUUGACAGUGACUGACGUUUCUACAACCUGUGCGGCAGUCAUCUUCAGAGUCAAAGUGAGUUGUGUCACCUCAGUUGAUAGUAUUAAUUUCUGGUUAUUGAUCUGAUUGGUCAAUUAAGUCGCGAUGUUAUUGGUCGUCUGUCAGUUAAGCCGUGAUGUUAUUGGCUAUGAAGGCUCGUGAUGUCAUUGGUGCGUUUCGAUCCAUCUAUUAUCACAGUUAAACGGUCGUUAUUGUUAGUCAAAUUGUCGGUUAAUUGACCAGUCAUUCUCUCGUAGUCAAUUUUACUUGAGUCCGUCAAUGAGCCGUUUGUACUGUGCCGGUAACUGUUUAUGACUACGAUUCAGAGGCGUUGUUCUAAGUUAUAAAUGUUCUAAUCGUAUGAUGUUUGACCGAUAUUAUUUAUUUUAAGGCGUCAUAGCGAUUCGAAUUUUGGACGGAUUUCACGAGAAGAAAACUAAAGCAUUCUUUAACCUGGUGCGUGGUUUAUUUGGAACUGUGAGAACGGAAACUGUGAGAGAAAAUCUAGAACAUCGUUUGCAGAGAAAACAAAAAGUUACUUACUUACUUACUUACUUACUUACCUACUUACUUACUUACUUACUUAGGCCGGUAACUAAUUAUAAUUUCGCAUGACUGCCCGUUUAAAACAACCUCAACUUUCAUUCAACGUAAUCUACAAGAAUCAAUGAAUUUCCCGACUGACUACCAUUUAGCUACGUUACUCUCUCUGGCUUUUUCGGCUUGUAGGUUAACUUCAUCAUGCCAGUGUGUUAUGUGUUGUUUUAGUUUCAGUUAGAUUUCACUGAAUGUCGCUGCUUUGCUAAAAAUUUGAGGAUUUCCCAGGUCUUCCCUGCUUUUUUACUUUUCUUUAAUUGAAAAAUUAUUUCUCUGCCUAAAAAAAUCAAAUUCUUGGCAGCUUUUCACGCAUUUAUUCGAACACUAAUAAUACAAACACGUGUAUUAAGCCAACACAAUAAUUCUUCCUAUGUUUGCAUCCGCGGAUCCCCCCCCCACAAAAAAAUAAAUAAAUGAACAAAACCAAAUCACACGAAUUUUUCGGUCAAGAAAAGAUGGUUUUCUUGGAUGGAGUCCCUCCCCCAAACUCUGUAUGGACGUACGCACAUAUGCUGCCGUCAGAACUAAAAUUAUUAGAUUUUCUUUCAUAUGGCGCUUAGAAGCACGUCAAAGCCUCGACCUCGUUGUGUUGGCUCACUGGAGCAAAUUGAGGGAAGGCCAGGUAUAUUGCAAAUUAACGUCACGCGUGACUACGUUGCGCAUAUUUUUCGGCACUUAAGUUUCGACAUCUUUGUGAACUUUUUGGAUUUUGAAUGAGUUUAAUUUUGCGUUCUUGAAGGAAACACUGUUGAUUAAACUUGUCCUUAAAUGGAAUGGAACGACUUAAUUUACAAUAACGUCAAAAUUAAAAAAAAAAAUGCAGCUGCCGGAGGGUAUAUGACAACUGUGACAAAAAAGAAGUCCUCACAAUGUCCACAAGACGUUCAAUUCAUGCUUGUACGUGAAUUAUUGAGUCAAUUGAUCACGAUAUCCAAAGAGACUCACGAGUAAUUUGCGUACUCUUAAUUCCCGAUUUGACCAGUCCUUCAAGAUCUGAACCCUCCCCUGAUUCUAGUGAAAAAAGAUAAAUUAAUAAUUCUUCUCCACCAACCAAGUUACGUGGAUGUUGAAUUAGUGGUAAUAUCUCGCGUUUGUUGGUUUUGUUUUCCUCUGGCCCGUUUAUUCGAGUAUCUUUCAUUUUUCUGGUAAUAAAUCAUACCUCAAAACAUAGAAAAGGUAAAACCUUUUCUUUGGCGGUUGCGAAAUACAUUAAAAGUUCGCAACUAAGAACCUAAAAAUUAAGAACCUGUUAGCCUAAAAUUGGUCAUUUAUACCCCCUAUAAACAAGAACCUAUUUAGCCUAAGAAAUUUAAAACACGUUCUUAUUUUCUAAAAUCAUACUAGUACAUUACAGCUGCAUUGCAAGAAUCAUAUGAAGCAAAAAAAGCAGAUUGCCAUUGUUGUAAAAAUGUUUUUUAAAGAAAAAUGAGUGCAAGAUAUGUAGACUUACAAAGCAUAUUAAGCAAUAUGUAGAUGUUUUAAUUGUUUUUUCUCCAGGAUUAAGAACCCAUUUUAAGAACCUAAAUAGCCCAAAAUUCUUUUACCAACAACCAUCUAUGUAAGAACCUGUUUAGGCUAACUCCUAAAAAUGUAGGUUCUUAGUUGCAGGUUUUUACCGUAGACGAGGUACCAGAUUUAACCGAUGUCUUUCAUGGCUGGUGUUCAACAUGCCCGCUACUUGAGCAGCUAGGCAGGUGAUUUUCGACAGAUAAGGAGGACACUUUAAAAUAUGUCAAAAUCAAUCCAAAGGCUGAAAAUCAGUCAUGGUAGACGCUGAAGUCUGCAAUUAUCUUUUUGUUGUUUUUUUUUAAGUCUUUAUUUCUCUGGUACAAAUUUUAAAAAGUCGCAGUAUUAUAUUUACAUAGAUUUGUCGACUAAAUGAAAAAAUGUGAAAAAAUUGUGAGAAAACAUUUUUUAUAAUAAUGCGGCAAAAAAAUAAGCAAAACUACGUAUAAAGUAAUGAGGAAAGGUCAUUUGAUUUAAAGUAAUAGUUUUGCACCGAUAGACUUACACAAAUAGAUUUGGUAAAGAUACGUAUGACAGGCAGUCAAAGGUUCCCGACAUUUCUGGAGAUAUCUAUUCUAGAAUUGUUUCUUUGUAUUUGAUGGGCCGAAAUUGCGAGCAUCACGUAGCUGUUUGUCAGUCUCCGAAUGUUUAUCUUUGUCGACGCGUUGGAAAAGAUUUUCCCUAUAAAAUGUUUAUUCAAAGUCUCUUUCAUGCAAGGAAUAAAAAUUAGGUUCUAUCAGUUAUCGCAUUAUAGAGCCAAAUACUCUUUACUCUUGCAAGUGAUCAGACAAGGAAGAUCAUGGAGUUAAAAUCCUGAAAGGGCUGUUAGGCAAAGGUAAUUCUGAUUACAUUUUGCUAAUCUCAAGUAAUAUCGUUAAAAAUCAGUAUAAUAGGCAGAACUAUAAGGCAUUUAACUGUUAAGUCAGCAUUUAAUAGGUGAAAAUUUUUCUUAGGCUCCCGUUCAGAAGCCGAACCUUUCUCGAGCCGAACCUAAUACAUUGAAUUAACUUCUUGAAAAGUUCGGCGUCUAAAUCAAUAAGGAACGCCUGUUUCAAUUUGGAAUGGCUCAGCCGUUCCGUUUCGCCUAGCCCAGCCGGGAAUUUCGCCUUUGGAGCGACUUUGGAACGGCUUUGGUUCAAACGCCGAACUUUUUAUGUACCUAACCUGACGCAUAAAUUAUUACAACGCAUUUUGUAAGCAGUUUGACAGAAAUGAGCAUUUUCCCCCUUUUGAAGUUAGUUUCGGCUGCAAUUCAGAUCGGCGUCUGAAUCAAUUUAGCCGGUCUAAAUAAUUUGAGUCGGCCUUAAUUCGAAUUACUGGGUUCGGCUCAUGAAAAGUUCGGCGACUGAACCGGGGCUUACUGUUUUUUAAUUUUGCUCUUUUUACUAAUACUGAUACUGACCUCUUACCAACCACUUGAUGACACUAAGAAAAUUUUAAACAUCAUUUCCUCGAUUUCUGAUGAACGUGACAUGGUGUCAUACCAGAUGGGUCUUUAUUUUUCAAUCAAAUAAAGGACUUCGUAAUGCUGAGUUUAAUUUUGACGUGUGAUCACAGCCUUACAGAACAUUGGUCCUAAUAGGCCAUUUUACAGUUGUGCAUGGGCUUAGUCUCUUAAGUGAUGUUACACGAGACGAUUCUCAACGACGAUUCGUAGCGCAACACAGCGUUGCAUCAUUGUUGCGACAUUGUCUCGAAUGGAUACAACAUUGUUCUAAAAUUGCAACGCGCUAUUGCGCUGAAAAUCGUCGUUGCGAAUCGUUCCGUGUAACAUCACCUUAAGGAUUUGACUGAACGUGAGGUUGGUUGACCUUUUUUUUGACAAAAACCUCUGUCCUUUUCUUAUGGAAAUUAUACCUAAAAAAUACUACUUAUAGUGUAGCAUAAGAACAACAUGAUUUGCAUAAUAAACUUGAAGGGUUGUAUCAAACAUGGUCAACUCCAGCCUCGUUUCACCAGUCACUGUAAAAUGGACUUUUCGCAUUUGUGAGAAAAAAAGAACAUGGAGAACUCAAAGUUUGUUUUCAAAUUUGAUAUGCAACUUAACCGCUUGACGGGGAGAGGAUAUUAACUCAUUUCUUGUUUCCCUUUCUAUUUCAAACACACAUUUGGAAUUCGUAUUUUCAUUGUCACUAAGGCAUUAUUUACAACAGCAAAAACAACAACAACUUUAUUACACAUUAACACUGCCUGCAUUUAGCAAAAGCUAUUAGAGGCAGGCAUUGUGAGGACGCUACAAACUGAUUUUGUUUCGCCACAAAGAUCCAUACACUUGUAUAACAGAUUUUACAAAUAUGUGUGUAAGAUAGAGAUAACUAAUAUAAAACAAAGAUACUAAAUAAAGCUUAUAAAUCAAUGAGUAAAAAAAAUAUAUUAAAUCAAACUCCUCCCUCAAUUACAUCGAGAAGGGUGUCCAUGUCAAUAACUAUCCCGGAUUUGACAUUUAUAAAUUUAGAAAUUGUGCACUUUUUUUUCUUAAAAGUGCGUUUUUGAGGUUUACUCAAAUACUUAGUGAUAUUGUUCCAAAUUUAGACCCGAAAUCAGAAGAGUCUGUAGGGGAUUGGAUGUUGUACUUUUGAACUUAACAUAAAAAAAUGCGGUGUGGGAUUAUAUUAAGACAGAGGAGAGGUUGACGUAUAACGUAGAUAUUGGCAUUUUAUUGGAGGACAUGAAGUAAGGAAUAGUUUGACGGUUCGGAAUUCGGUAAAGUUCACUUUAAAACGAAUCGCUUCUGUUCGGAGCACUAGAUUUGUUUCGGGGAGAAUCGAGAUACUACACACAAGGAUCUCAUAAGGCGUCUUUAAACAUGUUGAAUUGCUGAGAAUGGAAUGCCUGUGACGGAUUCCAAUAUUUCUACUUAUCAUUAAAACAAAUGAUCGAUACUACUGCAGGUGAGAUGGCCGUCAGUUCAAACCACUCAAUAUUAGAUGAAAUCUUUGCGUUCCAAAGAAAAUUGUUUGUAUGAUGUGAUUAACGCAAAUCUUUAAUUUUGUACUUACUUGGUAACAAUUAACUUAGUUUUUCAUUUGUGUUCAUUUAAGGGAAAGCUUUCUUGAAGUUGGCCAUCAGUCGCACACUUCGGAUAAUUCCACAUUCUGGGGAGCCAAGUUCUUGUAAGCAUUUUUGUCUUUAUUUUGCAGGUAAAUGUCUCUGCAUUUUUUCGGCCUUCUUAUUCAUAUUUGACUACGUGCGCUGAUGAGAUUCAUUGACAGUUAGCGCCUUUUACUGACAAGAUCAAUUCGAUCGAGUACUCAAACGGUUUUUUUUUCCGCUUCCUUUCCUUUUGUUUGUUUUAGCACUGAGGUAUUUAUGUUUGAAACGAAGUUAAUAAAAUGCUUUUCUUCUAAUCUAAGUUUAAAUUUUCUGAUAUUUUUUUUUAGUUCUUUGUAACCUUUGCAAUUUUUUAUUCCUUUGUUCGGCAUGUUAUUAUAACCAAAGAACAAUACCGUACUUCAGCUGGUACUUCCGCUCCCUCGCUCGUAGUUUUCCUGUUUUGCUUUUUUCAUUUUUCAUUUUGCGUGGUCUUAAUGCAAACUAGCAUGUUUUCGAGAGGGGGGCGUUGGGAUUUUCGGUUUUGGCCAUUUUUUAUGUCGGUUUUGUUGUCCGUUGCGGUUUCCGGUUUUUCCGUUUUUUAGCAUUUGGUUUUUCGGUUUUUUGGCAAAAAUAAAGCAGGUUAGAUUCCUCUUUGGGUCUCUGUGCAGUCAGAUGUUGGGUUAUCUUAUAUGUUUCUAUUUUACCUUCAAUUCAGGUCAAACUGCAAUGUGGGAUUCUGGAUUUUUUUAUCAGAGGUUUAAAGCUAUUGUUGAGCCAAGAACCGUUUGGAAGCGAAAAUUGGUAUGAAAAUUAGUUUUCAGCUGCUCUAAUACAUCGCGAAAGUACAAUCUCGGUAGGAUCGAUAGUUUUUUAGAUUGAAUUUUAGUGACGUCAUGUGAAAACCAACAAUAGCUAUAGGACAGCUUUUCGCGAACACAAUAUUCAAUCGAGGAUCUUUGUGAAUUCUCCUAGACAAUCCUAGGGCAGGUAUGCCGGUCUUACGACUAUAACAUCCAUAGAUAGUGCUGAUACUGUGAUGAUAUUGAUAUUUAGAAUAUAAUGAUGAUGUGAUAUUGUUAAGUCGGCAAAAUUGAACAACAAGUCCCCAAAAAUUCUGUCGGCCAACUGUCGACGAUUGUCGUUAAACUCUAGGAGAGCUGAUGGUCGAUCAUAAAAUUUUCAACGUGAGCGGUUCAUAUUUAUUGAUCAAGGUAAAAGAGCUAGAUAUAGAUAGUUUGAGUGGCAGUUUUCUUCAACAAACCAGAGUUAGUUUUAAACUGUCGGCCGCCCGUUUUUUGGUCAUCUGUCCAUGAACUAUCGGUCGACAGUCUACCAACAGACGGUCAACAGAUUUUUUGGGGAACUUAAUAUGUUCUUCAAUUUUACCGUUUAGACCCUAUGUUCCACAUAUCACUGACGUUUGAGAUCUAGAUUUGGGUUUUGAAAAUUUAGCUGUAUAAAUCUUCGGUUAUGAUGGUUUUGUAUUUGCUUUUCGGUUUUGAUCGAAAUCUAUCGCGGUUUUUCGGUUUUGGGUAAUUUUUAGAGCGGUUUUUCGGUUUUUUAUGGACCCCAACGCCCCCUCUGUUUUCCAUGACCCAGUCAAAAAAUAAUUUGUCUUCUUCUUGUGCUUAAGUUAUGAUGUUCUGUUUCCUCCUUGUCAUUGUUAACUCUUCAUUUUACCACAGCUGUUGGACGUGCUAUUGUAGUUUACUUUCUUUUCCGGCGGGCGAUAUCCAUCAAAUGCAAACAAUAAUUUGCACAUCAAGCAAACUACAUCAUCAUUAUGAAAUAUUACUCUGUGGUUGGAUAAAGACGUGUAUGCAUUAAAUAAUUUGCCAACUUUCUUACUGACGUCCUAAAGAGAUGAUUGGGUACCAUCAAUAAGGGAAGCCUUAGAAGCGUAUUACAAACUGGAUUUGAAAACAGAAUUGGAGAUGUUCAACCUUUCCCUCUUUAGGAAAAACGAUUCAGAACUCGAUGACAUGGACAAUAUGCAGGACAGUUACUAUCCCGAAACAAUUGAAGUAAUCAAUUGUAUUCUCAACGGUCCACUGAUUUUCGUAUCCAUCAUUGGAAACGCUUUGGUGUUGACGGCCAUAUCGAGGACUCCUUCGCUCCGUUCAGCACCGUCCAUAGUCUUCUUGUGCAGUCUCGCGGUGUCAGACCUUCUUGUCGGGCUUGUUGUUCAACCAGUUUACAUUUCCAAUGCGCUUAUCUACUCAGAUAGCAGCCCAGCUUUAAAACAAGCAACAGAGGUCAUGUUUUUUCUAGUUUGUGGUGUUUCUCUCUCCACCAUGACAGCCAUCAGCGUGGAUCGGUUUUUAGCUCUUCGUUACCAUAUGCGAUAUUCGAAUGUGAUGACAGUGAAACGUGCGUUAUAUACUUCAGCAAGCCUCUGGUUGGUGUUUAUUAUUUUUUCAUUUCUCAGGAUUUGGGAAAGAAGUCUUCUAUUUCUUGCUCUAGUUGUCAGCGGCAUUGCUAUUUGCUUCUUUAUAUCAACUUUUUCGUACAUCAGAAUUUACCAAAUUGUGCGGCAUCACACGUUGGUUAUUCGAUCACAACAACAGGCCAUAAACAGGUUGAGUGCUGAUACGACGAAAAUUAAACAAUCUACAAAGAGUGCCAUCAACACCCUCAUAUAUUUCAUUUGUAUGAUCUUUUGUUAUUUGCCGAUAUUGGUGGUUACUAUCAUUUUGGCUUUUGGACAGCCUCUGGAUAACCGAUUGCAUAUUGCAGAUACAAUAGCGUUUUUGAACUCGUCUAUAAAUCCAUUUUUGUAUUGUUGGCGUACUCAGGAAAUUCGAGCUGCAGUUUGGAAGAUUGUACGUAACUUCUUUUGUAAAGGAGCAAGGCCAACGUAA